AGGCUUCCAUCCUCUCCUAUGAUGGCAGCAUGUAUAUGAAGGUGGUGAUGCCAAACAUCAUGCACACUGAGGCGGAGGACGUCUCACUGCGCUUCCGCUCUCAGCGGGCUUACGGUCUCCUCAUGGCCACCACCUCCCGAGACUCAGCCGACACGCUCAGGCUGGAGUUGGAUGGGGGUCGUGUCAAACUCACGGUCAACCUAGACUGUAUCAGGAUAAACUGUAACUCCAGCAAGGGACCAGAGACUCUGUAUGCCGGGCAAAAGCUCAAUGAUAAUGAAUGGCAUACAGUGAGAGUGGUGCGCCGCGGAAAAACCUACAAGCUAACUGUUGACGAUGAUGUAGCAGAAGGCCAAAUGGUGGGUGACCACACUCGGCUGGAGUUCCACAACAUCGAAACUGGCAUAAUGACGGAGCGUCGCUUUGUCUCCAGCAUUCCGUCCAGCUUCAUCGGUCAUCUGCAGAGCCUCAGAUUUAACGGCAUGCUCUACAUUGACCUGUGCAAGAAUGGGGACAUUGAUUAUUGUGAGCUCAAUGCCCGCUUUGGGGUUCGUUCAAUUAUCGCUGACCCUGUCACCUUCAAAUCAAAGAGCAGCUAUCUGAGCCUGGCGACGCUGCAGGCCUACGCAUCCAUGCACCUCUUCUUUCAGUUCAAGACCACCUCCCCCGACGGCUUCAUCAUCUUCAACUCUGGAGAUGGCAAUGAUUUUAUUGCUGUAGAAUUGGUUAAAGG